AUGGAUUUCCUGUUCAACAAUCUUCGUGACCAUCUCGCGAAGCAGGGAGUGCCAGUGGAUUUCCUGCAAGGAGGUGGAGGAGGCAGCGGCUUCGGUGGAUACGGAGGAUCGGGAUACAGACGCGGUCCCGCUAUAGACCCCCGUAAAAGAGGAGAAGCCGUCGACAUCGACAAGAGGGAUUCUUGGUCCGGAUAUUAUGACAAGGGGCCUGUUUUCAAGUUCGGGGAGCGAGGUUCUGGACUCAGGAGUCGCACGGGGAAAGUGCAGAACUUCGAGGAGAUACAGCAGAGGUGUCGAGAAUCGGGAGAACUCUUCGAGGACCAGGAAUUCCUCUGUUCGGACGAAGCGGUUUUCGGCAAUGCGCCACCCAAGCACCGGGUGCAAUGGCUGAGACCCUCGGAACUUUGCUCCAAUCCGUGCAUGUUUGUAGAUGGAGCGUCCCGAUUCGACGUUGUUCAAGGAAGCGUCGGAAACUGCUGGAUGGUGGCUGCACUGGCUAAUUUGACUCUGAACGACGAGCUCUUCUAUCGAGUGGUGCCUAACGAUCAGGAUUUCGAAGGGAAAUAUACCGGCGCGUUCCACUUCCGAAUCUGGAAAGCCAAUCGUUGGAUCGAUGUCGUCGUGGACGAUCGACUACCUACUCGAGGAGGAGAACUUCUCUACAUGAAAAGCCGGAGCGGGAACGAAUUCUGGAGCGCUCUCUUGGAGAAAGCCUACGCGAAGAUUCACGGCAGUUAUGAGGCGUUGUCGGGCGGAUCCGCUUGUGAAGCCAUGGAAGAUUUCACAGGUGGAGUUACUGAACAGUAUGACUUGCGUCAACCCCCGAAGAACAUUUUCCUGCUCAUGCUCAAAGCGUAUGAGAGGAACUCAAUGAUGUCCUGCUCCAUCACCCCCGGUGAAACGAUGGAGGAGCGUCUGAGCAAUGGACUCGUCGCUGGACAUGCCUAUUCGAUCACGUCCGUCAAGCUCGUUUACAUCGAGCGAUUGAACGGGAAGAUGCCCCUGAUAAGGAUUCGGAACCCUUGGGGAGAACAUGAGUGGAACGGAUCUUGGUCCGACGGCUCGAAAGAAUGGAGCUUGGUCGAUGAAUCCCAACGGGAGAGCCUCGGGUUGACGUUCGAUGCCGAUGGGGAAUUCUGGAUGUCGAUGAGGGACUUCGAACGAAACUUCCAUUAUGUGGAAAUAUGCAAUUUGGGACCCGAUGCCCUCACGGAAGAAAUGCUGACAGAUUCCUCAGCCAAGAAGUGGGAGGUCGCAGUCUACGAGGGCUCAUGGGUUGCCGGUGCAACGGCGGGUGGAUGCAGAAAUUACCUUGAUACGCAUUGGGUCAAUCCUCAGUAUUUCAUCACCUUGGAGGAUCCCGACGAAGAUGACGAUGACGACGAGUGCACCAUGAUCGUGGCGCUUAUGCAGAAAAAUCGGCGGGCGAUGCGGACGCUGGGUGGAGGUCUCUUCCUCACCAUCGGUUUUGCAAUCUAUCGAGUGAACGAUCCAAAUGGCGUUGAGAAGCCAAUGGGUCUGAGUUUCUUCAAAUAUACUCAGUCUGCUGGAAGAUCACACACAUUCAUCAAUUCGAGAGAGGUCACCACACGAUUCAAAUUCCCUCCGGGAACGUAUUGCAUCGUUCCCUCAACUUUCGAGCCCAACCAGACGGGGGAUUUCCUCCUGAGAGUGUUCACGGAGAAAAAGAAUACACUCCGAGAGCAUGAUAGCAGACCUGCAAUCAUCGCUCCAGAGCCUGAAGUUGCUGCGCCGGAAGAAGAUCCUGAAUCGGACAAAGCUCGUCAGCUGCAAGCCUUGUUCGCUAAAAUUGCCGGAGACGACCUCGAAGUCAACUGCUACGAGUUGCAGAAGAUCCUCACUGUCGUCUUCCAGAAAGAUUUCGCUAAUCGGGACGAAGCCGGACCCUUCAGCGAGCUACAAGGAAGCAAGUUUUCGCUGGAUGUGUGCCGCAGCAUGAUCGCAUUGAUGGACUCUAACCAUUCCGGCAAGCUCGGUCUCGAAGAUUUCCGGGCGUUGUGGAUCAUGAUCAGAACCUGGAGGAAUACGUUCAAAAUGUACGAUACGGACGAGGACGGUGCCUUGGACACAAUGGAACUCCGCCAAGCACUGCACUCGGCCGGUUAUACAAUCAACAACCAUAUUCUUUCAUUCCUGGUCCUGCGCUAUGGACAUGACAGUUACAUCAAUUUCGAUGAUUUCAUCGGGUGUGCCGUCAAACUUCGCUGCAUGAUCGAAAUCUUCAAGGAAAAAGAUGCUCGCCGUAUGGGAUCAGCAGUCUUCACGAUCGACGAGUGGCUCCGGAGAACGAUGUAUUGCUAGAAAGUACGGUCAGGAGACCGAUGACGACGACUACGGCGCGUUCGGGGCCCUUCCCCGUCGCUCUGGCUUCGUUCUGGCUAUCCGCUCUGAGAGCUCGGUGGAGCGGCUCGCUUGUUCUCUCUCUAUCAACGGAUGCAGCAAACCUUUCCGGAAUCUUGCCUUCGGAUUGUCGAGUGCCUAUGUGAAAGUGUGCCUAAUAUAAGCCAGGAGCGUUUGUUCAGAGAGAAGACUGCUUUUCCUAAUACGAUAAUCAUCUCCAACUAUUCCGAUAACAGUCUACUUAAUGAAAAGCAGGUCUAUUUAUUAACGGAAACUAAAUCUCAGGUUUCUAUGAGAAUCUCUCCCACAGAAUCUCAGAGCCCCUGUUUUUCUGGUAGCUAAUAAAUCUUCUCAGGAAGCAGCUAGCU